AUGCUGCAGGGGUUGUUCCGAAAUGGUAGAUGUGCUGCAGCGAAAAAGCUUCUGAAUGAGAUGCAAGAUAGAGGUCAAAUUCCAAGUACUCACACUUACUGUGUCGUGUUGGAUGGCCUAUGCAAAAAUGGGCACAUUUCUGAAGCGUUGUCAGUAUUUCACACAAUGGAAAGCAAUGGAUUAAAUUCUCAUAUUUCUAUUUACAGUAUCCUCAUUGAUGGACUUUGCAAGAACGGAAAAUUUGAUGUUGCUUUGGGUCUUUUUGAUGAACUUUCCUUCAAAGAGAUGCAGCCUGAUGUUAUUACGUAUAAUAUACUUAUACAUGGACUUUGUCUAGAAGGACUACUGGAGAAAGCUGAAGAGCUGCUCAGGAAAAUGGAAGAGACUGGACCGACUGGUUGCUUGCCAGAUAGGGUCACUUACAACACUAUAGUCCAAGGAUGUAUUAGGAGAAAAAAGUGUGACAAGGCAGUAGCACUUCUAGAGGAAAUGACCAAGAACGGUUUUUCAGUGGACGCGUCUACUUUUUCUAUGUUACUGCAUCCACUCUACACUACUGGUCAAGACCCUGCACUCCUUGAACUGAUUCAGAAGUUCGUGCCAAAGGAAAACAUGGACGUCCUAGCCUAA